CUUUGGAGUGCGUAGACUACAUCUCAUUUACUUUUUUGUUUUCUUAAUGAUUUAGUGGUUUUAAUUAGAAAGUUAAUUUAACGUAAACGCUAUUCGGCACUAAGCUUUCUAUUGCCGUACUAGUGAUGUGAAGUGCUAUCUGUAACGUGUUAGUAAAAGAUGGAGGGUGACACAGCAUCCCUCCGAGAAGCGGCUCCAAACUGGAACCUAGCCGGAGAUAAACAGCUGCUGGGGAUGUUGCAGCAAAUUCAUCAGUCGAUUAUGACAAAAUGCCAAGAAGCCAAUGCGAAACUGGAAGCAAUGGUAGAUGCUCUGGACAACGCCAGCAUAGACCUGCAAAAUGUUAACAAUAAAUUCAUGGCAUUAAGCAACAGUCAGUUCGUCGAGAGCCGAGUUUAUGAUGACGAUGUUGAUGUUAAAGUUGAAGAGUCUUCGAUUAAGCAAGAAGCACCGAAAUUUCAACCGGAAAGCGACCUUCAGAAGAUCAAGCGUAGUCUCCAGAAAUUGGAGAUGAUGCACGAGCCAGUCGUCAUCGUCGACAGCGACAGCUCUGAUGAUGAGGAGAGCAGCAUGGUGCUAAAACCUAAGAAUGUUUAUUCAAACCGUCCCGUGCCUUAUGUCAUUGGAUCACAAGCCUGGAACAAUAAAUGGCAUGCAGGUCUUUUGCCUGAGGACAGUGACAGCGAUAGUUCACUGUCUAACCGAGACAUCGUACCCAUGGAGGAGUAUUCGGACUCGGAACCGGAGAUAGCAGAGGAUAUGACAGAGAAACAUGCACAGAGAACUAUAUCGUCGUCGUCGGCGGCGGCGGGCGAGCGGGCGAGCCGCGCGCCGCCCGCCGCCGCCGUGGCCGCGGCGCUCGCCCGCCGGCUGGCCGCGCCCGCGCACUUGCCCGUUCCCGCGCCAGAGGCGAUAAUGUCACCUCCAGAGCCGACUACGAGAAAUGUUUAUGGGAUGGACAAACCGAUACCAGCAACGAUUUUCCCAAGCGAGCCACCUCCACUCGACUCAUACGAGUCGGAUAGAUACUCCGAUGACGACAUAUUCGCGGAACUACACAAGAAACCGAAUCAAAAUAGCUACAGGGAUCCGAAUCGAUCGAGUUUCGGUGCGAAUAAUGUCGUAGAGGAAUUAUUUGGUGACCGUUCGCCGUCUGACGAUAUUGGUAACAUCGUACCGGAUUAUGUGCAGCCGAGUUCCAACUUCAGGGUAGAUUCGCCCUUAUUUGAUGAAGUAUUACCAACACAUGCCAAUAGUGAAAAUUCGACGAACAAACAAACAUCGCCCACGCCCGAAACUAAUACCAAGAAACCGAUAGGUGGUAUAUCUUUGUUCGGAUCGAACAAAGGCGCUGAAAGCAUCGGCGCCGCCAUUUUGAAACGUAAUCGUCGAAAAUCCACUUCCGAUGAAGACAGUAGCGACGUCACUGAAUCACAAACUCAGCCUGCCAAAGAAACUGUGAAAGAGAAUAAGAAAAUUAUCGAAGAAUUAUUCACUAAACCGCUCGUUAAAAAAGAUAAAAAUGUUGCAAAUAAACGAACAGAUAACGUUAAACCUGUUAAAGAUAAAGAUAAGGCUGUUGAAGUUAAGGCUAAAGAUAAAGUAGAUUUAUUCAGUGAUAAUCUAUUCGAUGAUAUAGAUGAUAUAUUUACUACGAAUGUAACUAAACCGAACGUUAAUAAAAUUAAAAAAUCAAUAUUCGAUGACGAUGAUCUCUUCAACGAUGUAGUCGAAAAAACAGAUAAACCGCAAGACAAAAAAGACACAAAAGGCAUAUUUGAUAGUGAAGACGAUUUAUUCACAGAUAACGUUAAAAUUUCAACAAGUAAAGAAACAAAAACUAGUAAUAUGAAAACAGAUACACAUACAGACAUAAGUAAAACGACAAGAGAAAAUGUUAAAGUUAAAAGUAUUUUCGAUGAUAACAGUGAUGAUGACUUAUUUUCAGAUGUAGCUAAUAAAUCUAAACCUAAAGUUGUUGAAGUUAAAGAAAAGAUUUAUAAAAAUGAUAAUAUAAAAUCUAUUGAUAGUGAAAUUAAAACAGAAGAAUCUGCAAAUGUUACUACAUUAUUUCCUAAUGAAAACAAUCUCAAUGUUGAUCAAAAUAUGAUGUCUAAUAAUAAGCCUAAUAAUAAUUCAAUUAUAAAACAAACACAAAGUCCUAAUCUAUUCGAUGAUGAUGAUGAUAUCGACGACUUAUUCAGUGUAAAUACGGAACAAAAAGUUGUUAAAACACUACAAAUUAAUGUUAAAGAAACUCCUUACUCUGACGAGAAGAAAGAUGAAGUGAGUAUUGAUGUUAAUAUAAGCGCAGUAGAAAAUAAAAAUGCAUUGAAAAAUAGUUUUGAAUCGAUUAAAAUAUCAGAUGAUAAAGAAAUAACAAAACAAAAUGUUAAUAAUACAAAAGAGGAGAAUUUAAAUAUUCAAAAACCUGUUAUUACGAGUAAUGAUGAAAAUUUAGAUGAUAACAAUUUCACUAAUAAACAAGGAAUUAAUGAAGAAGAUGAAAUUAUAAAUGAAGAUGAAAUAAUAAAAACAAAUAGCAAUGAAAUUAGUAAGGAAAUUAAUAGUGAUAAAUUUAUAGAUCCAGAUAAAACUCCCGAAGAACCUUUAUUCUCUAAACGAGAUGCGGAAUCGAAAGAACCCGACAUAUUUAGUGAUAUAUUUAAUGACUUACCGCCAGCUUUUGAAAAACCGAGUGAAACUAAAAGAAGUAAAAAUGUAAAUGCGCUUUUUGAUGAUGACUCGGAUGAUGAAGCGUUAUUCUUUAAAAAAAACGACGUGAUAAGCGACGAAAAACCAGAUCUUGAUUUCAGUAGUGAUAGAUUUAGGAUAUUUCAUGAUGAACCACCGGAUAUAGAGGUCGAUUUUUCUCAAAAGCCACUGAAAAGUACAAACACUGUUUCUUAUGAAAAACCUAUUGAUGAGUUAUUUGAUGAAAUACCUCACGUGGAAAAUAUUGAAACAAAAUAUCACGAAGAACAAGUGGUUUCACACUCAAGUAAAGACGCACCGGAUACUAUUUCAAAGGAACCCAUUCAAACAGUGGAUAUAACAAAAUUAUUAGAAGACGUUAGCGAUACAAAAGAAGAUGUUAAUAUUUCGAAGCUCCUCGAAGAUGAAUCAGAUAACGAUAACAAUGAAAUAAAUAAUUUAAAUAGUGAAUCUGCAGUAGAAAAAAGUAUACAAAAUAUUGAACAAAAUAAAUCAUUUGAAUAUGAAUCUAAGGAUACGACAAAAUUAGAAGAAGAUGGUACCAAAAAAACAAUUGGAAAACUCAAACCAAUGAACUUUAAUAUAAACGUGAAUACAUUGAUACCUGGAGCUUCUCCUAAAAAGAACAAAAUAAACGAAGAAACAGACGGACAAAUCCUAUCGACUAAGAGCAAUGAAGACAUUAAUAUACAUAGUCCUAAUAAAACAGAUUCAAAAAUGGUUAAAUCUGUUAGUUUUGAUGGUAAUCCAGACUCAACGAUAUUGGAUAAUAAACUAUCUAAAGACAGACCUAAAAUUCAGGUUAAAAGACGCCCUUCAUCCAGACGCGCUAGAUUAGAAGCAGUUAGAAAAUCUGGUAUAGACUUUGGCUCUGAUUCCACUGAUAAUUCAAGUUCCUUUGACGAACCUAAACCGAAAGAAUCAUCAAAGGAUGAGAUUGAUAAUCGCAUACAGGUAGCAACUGUGGAACUUAGUCAGGAAUCUGAUAAACAACAAAUUGAUGCACCAACAACAAACAAAACAUCAACACAUAAUUAUAAUUCAAAUAUGGAACAUAAAUCAGGUGACGUUUCAAACACAAUAAAACCGGAAGUCAAGUCAAAGAUUGUGUACAUAUUAAACGAUGAAGACAUAUUUUCAGACACUAGUCAAAAUACAUUUAUCAAUAGCGAGAACAAUAGCGGUCAACAUAACAUUACAACCCUCGGCAAAGCUUACGAAGAAAGCUCUAAAAUGGGAACUAUAUCAAAAGAUAAAAAUAAAGAUCAAUCAAAAGAUAGAAAACCUCUUUUCGAUGAUCUCAGCGAUGAGGAACUAUUUGGUAAGAAAUCUUCAAUACAGAAAACGAAAGACAGUGUAUUCGAUUCGGAUAGUGAAGCUGAUCUGUUUAGUAAGAGUGCAGUGAAGCCUGUUGACAAGAAAAAGUUAGUCAGGACUUCCUUAUUCGGUGAUGAAAGCGAUGACGAUGAUUUGUUCGCGAGUAAAACUUCAAAAAUAGCAGAUAUAAAACCAACUCUGCAAAUCCAAUCAACGAACAAUUCAACGGAAGUCGUUUUUGAGGAUCCCUUGUCAUUGUUUGGAGAAGAUGAGACUUAAUGUUAUGAUAUUAUAUAAAUUAUUGUUAUAUUAUAGAAAGAGUGAGAUAUAUAGACAAGAGAUAUAUAUUUAUAAGCAGAUUUGGGCAAAACACAUAUUAACUUUGAUUCUUGUGAGAGCGAGCGGGACGCUCUGGGUCAUUCACUUGACUCACACACUCACUCACUUUACUUUUUUGAUUAAUUUCUUUAUACUGCAAUCGUGGUUUAUGAUUACACAUUGUAAUCGUUAAUCUGAUUACUUUUUGCCCAAGUCUGUUUAUAAGCGGUUUUAAUAUAAUUUGUACGUACGUUUUUCUAUUAGCUAAUUUUCAGUGAUUUUGUACCCCCAGAAAAUAGUUAACAACGUUAUAAAUUAAAUAAUUCCGUGGCCUGGUUCCAAAAGGGUUAAAGCACAAUGCCAGAUCAUUUUAUUUGGCUUAAACUUAGACUUUACUAAAACCAACAAUAUUACCCAAAAUUGCGUAUAUUAUAUAAAACAACAGACAUCCGUUCAUACCUUUUAUCUUGAUAUAGGACCUUUUAGCACCAGUCCACUGAAUUGGUUUUUUUAUUACUAGCUGCUUUACGUUUCACCCGGUUUAAACGUUACUGCUCCUCUUGGGUUUGAUCGUUGUGUUAAAUGUAGUCUAGAUAAGAUCUUUUCUCGAUUUUUAACGCAAAACAAUUUUUUCAUAUCUGUUUUCAUCUUGAGAUAACUGCGUUCCAACGAAUAAAGGAACUCCUCAGUUUUAUGUAAUAUUGAAUUAUGUUCAAUUCGCAGAACGCCUCUUAAGGAGUAAUUUGUCCAGCAGUGGGACGUUUGUAUACUCGUUUUGCUCUAACUAUUAAUCUGGUUUUUUUUGGAUUGAUCUAUGUAACUUCCAUAAAUCUAUUUUAUAUAUUGAUAUAUAACGUAAAUGCUAUUAACACUUAAAUUUAGUUUUUAUUAAAUUUAUUUCCAGUUAAAUGUUUUUUAGAAAUUGAAUUAAUUUCAUUUAAACAUAGUUUUCUAUUCAGAUGAAAGGAAAACAAGGUCGAAGUCGAAAUGUUCGUGUGUUUCAGUUUCGUUUCCGUGUAUGUUGUCUGACGCAAAAACGUUUCUGUCACUUACGUUUUUCGUAAAUUGUUUAUAAUGUCGCUUUAGUUAUGGAGUUCUUGUAGAAUUUUAUAAUGUGUGAUAUAAUAAUUGUUAUUAUAUAAGAUCUUUGUUAUGUUUUGAGUUUUUCAAAGUACAUAUUUUUCCGUCGCUUUAUAUAAAAACCAGAUUACAUAUUAUUCAAAUGGUGGAAGGGAUAUAUAAAUCAGUGAUAUCGUUGAUUCUGGUUCGUCGAUCGAAUGAAUUUAAUUAGGAUUAUAUAGGCAUUGUAGUCAUGUUUUUUUGGACAUAGACUCUUUUUUUUUUUUUUUUUUUAUUUUAGGGCGAACGAUGAAAUUAUGAAGUGCAAUAAAAGAAACAAACAUUCCGAAUAAAUACAUUAUGUAAAUAAUAAAGGCACUGAUUUAUUGUUGAAAAAAUUGUCAUUCGUUAUUUAAAUUAAAAAGAUAUAUGUUUUGUUUUUUAAUUUGAUAAUCGUUACUGAAUUGCGAAAGGUCGUAAGUGAAAAGUUGAUUCGCAAUUUGAAUUGAACAUAUAUAUGUGUGUGUGUUAUAAUAUAAAUAUGAAAGAUGAAUGUUAUGAAAUAUAAGAAAAUAACAUUUUUUUACGCGCUCCUGUCUUUAGUUACGAAAAUUGUAAUUAAAAGUAGCGACAUAUUGUUUAUAUAAUCUAAUAUACAUAAGUCACGGUCCUUGUAUAUAUAUUUGUUAUAUUGGUAUAGUAUAACUUGUUACUGUGAUUCAUGGGUUCAAAUCCCGGGUCGAGAAAAAGUUAUCGAGUUUUUCUCAGAAAUUCUCAGUCGAAGUGAACCCUCUCUCCCGUAUGAGAGAGAGGGAAUUCAGCAUGUAUAACACUAUCUCUCACGCGGCUUUUCUCCGAUAAGAAUAGCCGCCAGGCCGAAAUCGGUAAAGAGAUUUCACGGUAGAGAAGAACAAAGAAAUAUAUUUAUUAUAUAAAGAGAAGAAUCGCGUGUCUAUCCACCCCUAUACAAAAACAGCAUGGACCGAUCAUUUAAAUAUGUAUUUAUAUAAUAUUGCUUAUUUAAAUUUAAAGUAAAUUUAUGUUAUAGUAAUGCUUAUUUCAAUUAAAAGUGUACAAAAUUAAAUAUUAUAUUAGCUACAACAAAUUUAACAUGUUAUAUAGUUCGUAUAUAUUAUCUGUUAUUUUUUCUUAUGACAUAUCAAAAUGUUUUUAAAUCCAAUAAGAUAUUUAAAUCGGCUUUCGUUGACGAUUCUUCACAUUUUA